AAGGCAAACAAAUGAACAAAGCCCGAAUCUCACGAAUCUGGCAUCUGGCUCAAAUUCAAAAUUAUCGUAGCAUGACUGUAGUUUUAUAUAGAUGAUAUAAUUUUUUUUAAAAUGUAUAUUAGAAUUAAAGCCGACUGGCUUGAAGACAAAUCAAAAAGGGAAAGCGUAAUUCCGUUAUCAAAAACAACAACAAUUGAAGAACUUCGGAAACUAGUUUUUAGUGAAAUUGAUUUAGAACCGAAUUUACAACGCUUAUUUUACAAAGGCAAAGAGUUGGUAAACGGCCACAAUGUAAAUGAUUAUUCAAUUUUACCGAAUGACGUAAUAGUGGUAUUUAAAAGACAAAUUAUAGUGGAACAAAGCACUAAAGACGAUGUCUUAUCGACACCAUCAACAAUAGUUGAGGAAGAAAGUGAAAGCAAACCAGUAGCGAAGGAUGUUUUAGUUAAAACUGUAUCAGACUUUUAUGAUGUAAAUGAUUUAGUGGAUGUCAGAUUCUUAGACACUGGAGCUUGGUACGAGGCUUCUAUAAUAGAUGUUUUUAGAAAAGAAAGUGAUGAGAAAGUUAAGGAAGAACAUCUUGUAUUUCGAGUUAAAAGUGCUGAACAUGUAUCAAUUGUACCAUUUGAGGAAGACGUAGAAUUUAGUAACAUAAGGCCUAGAAGUUAUUAUACCUAUAAAAUACCAGAAUUAUCACCAGGAAUGAGAGUUUUAGUUAAUUAUAAUAUUGAUUCACCAAGAAGUAGAGGCCUCUGGUAUGAUUUUGAAAUUUCCAAAGUUGCCAGUGUUGACGUUAUAGGCAAGCUUUUUAUUGUAGAUGGUAGCAUCGAUGACUGUAAUAUUAAAUUUAUCCAGGAGGUCAUGCGAAUAGAGGAAACUAAGCCUAAGAAAUCUAGAGAGGAAGUGAAAAGUCAUAAGAAACGUGUAUAUCCAUAUUAUUGUGAGAAAUGCAAAGACAAUAAGAUGAAACUCUGUAAAGCGUGUGGUUGCAAAAUUUGUGGAGGAAAGAACGAUUGGGAUAAGAUUGUUCUUUGUGAUGAAUGUGAUCAGGGGCAUCACACAACGUGUUUGAACCCACCACUUGAAGCUAUACCAGAUGAUGACUGGUAUUGCCCUCAGUGCAAAACAGAUGACUCAGAAAUAGUAAAGCCAGGAGAAAAACUGAAGAAAAGCAAGAAAAAGCAGAACAUGCCUAGCCAGGUGAAAGACACAAAGCGAGAUUGGGGCAAGGGAAUGGCUUGUGUUGGCCUGACAAAACGCAACGAUAAAGUAUCCAAAACACAUGUUGGAGCGAUUCCAGGCGUGGAAGUUGGUUUCUGCUGGAAGUUUAGACAUGGGGUUGCCGAAUCAGGUGUUCAUCGACCGCCUGUAGCAGGAAUACAUGGACAAGAAUCCGACUGCGCAUACAGCAUCGUAUUAUCUGGCGGUUACGAGGACGAUAUAGACUACGGCAACGAGUUUUUUUACACCGGUUCGGGAGGAAGAGAUUUAUCAGGUAACAAGCGCACAAGUAACCAGAGCUUCGACCAAGAGCUGACCAGAACAAACAAGGCCUUAGCGUUGAAUUGCAACGCGCCUUUCAACGACAAAGAGGGUGCAGAAGCCACGGACUGGAAAUCCGGCAAACCCGUACGUGUAGUGAGAAGUUACAAGUUAGCGAAACAUUCCAAGUAUGCUCCGGAGGAUGGUUAUAGAUAUGACGGCCUCUAUAAGGUCGUUAAGUAUUAUCCAGAAAAAGGAAAGUCUGGAUUUAUGGUCUGGAGGUACUUUUUGAGGAGGGACGACCCAGCUCUGGCACCAUGGGAAGAGAAUGCCAAACAGUAUGAGAUGAUUUACCCCGAAGGGUACCUAGCUUUUGAGGAAGCUAAGAAGAAGAAAGAAGAGACAGAAAACAAGAAAAUAACGGCAUCGAAAAAAUCGUCACCGAAAAAAGGACAUAAAAGAAAAACCACUAGCGGCCCGUUAGACAACCUACUCAAUAAGAAAAAGAAAGUAGAAGUUUUCAAAAUUGACAGUGCUAUAGAAAAGGCUAUAAAGGAGGAUACAGUGAAUGAAAAAUUAUGGAUUGAGUGUAAGUCAGCAGUUAAGAAUGGAAAGAAGGCAUUUCUGGAUAAGGUUGAAGAGAUUUUCCAAUGCAUCAUAUGCAUCGAGCUUGUAUUUAAUCCAGUGACGCUCAAAUGUCGACACAAUUUAUGUCAGAUAUGCUUAAAAGAAUCUUUCAAACAUUCCGAAUCCGACAGUUAUUUUUGUCCUCACUGUAGAGAAAGUCUGGACAAAUCAGAAGCGACUGGAAAAUUACCAAGGAACGAAAAGUUGAGCGUAGCUCUAAAUUUACUAUUCCCAGGUUAUGGUACAAAGUAGAAAUUAGGUAGAAUGUAGCAUUUUAUUCAAUUUAUAUAAAUUUUGACUUAUAUUUACAUAAUUUUAAUCUCUCUUGUUUUAUUUAACGUAAUAAGGUAUUAAUUAAUUUUAAACGUCUCUAUAAUGAAGAUUAAUUUUAAAAAAUUCCACUAAUUGAAUUUUAAGGAGAUAGUAUAGGUAAUAUAUAAAAUAAUUUUAGAUUGUUUUUAUUAGGUAAGCUAACUAAUUUAAAAAGACAUGUUAAUUUUAAUAAAUCGGCCGACAUUGUAUUUUAUCAAAUAGUAUAUUUUUUAAUAAAUAAAAGUAAUUUUCCUUUA